UGUUUUAUGCAUAAACAUAAACCCUACUCACAAAAGAAUCAUAAUUCUGAUAACUAACUCUCAUCAUUCUACCAAAAAUGUGGUACCUUGAAAUCUUCCUUGUCUUCCUCUCACUUAUCAUGUUCUGCCGUUCAAUCCGGGAAAAAAACGGAAUACCCACAAAUUGGCCUAUAGUAGGAAUGCUUCCAGCACUCCUAAUAAAUAUCCACAGAAUCCAUGCAUUUGUAAUAGAACUUCUAGAUAAAUGCCAUCUAACAUUCCAUUUUAAAGGCCCAUGGUUCACCAAUAUGGACAUGUUGGCUACCUUAGAUCCCAUCAAUGUGCACCAUGUAAUGAGCAAAAAUUUUGGGAACUAUCCCAAAGGUGAAAAGUUUCAUGAAAUGCUUGAUGUUCUAGGAGAUGGUGUUGUAAAUACAGAUGGUUUAGUAUGGCAAUACCAUAGAAAAAUGGCUCAUGCUUUUCUAGGGCAUCAAAAAUUUUACCAUUUUAUGGUAAAAAAAACAUGGGAUAAAGUUGAAAAUGGACUUAUCCCACUUUUAAAUCAUAUUUGUGAUCAUGAAAUUAUUGUUGAUUUGCAAGAUUUGUUUACUAGGUUAACUUUUGAUACAAUAUGUUGUAUUAUUAUGAACCAAGACCCUAAAGCUCUUUCCAUUGAUUUUCCUAGUAAUCCUGCCUCGAAGGCUUUGGAUGAGGCGGAAGCGGUUAUUUUUCAUCGUUAUGUGGUCCCUACUUUUGUUUGGAAGUUUCAAAGGUGGUUAAAUGUUGGUAAAGAAAAGAAGUAUAAAGAAGCUUGGGAAAUACUUGAUAGUUUUAUCUAUAAGUGUAUAGAAGCCAAAAGGGAAGAACUUAGCAAGGAAGGAAUAUGUCAAGAUGGUGAUGAGAUUAGUAAUAAUGAUUUAUUGUCUUUAUAUAUUGAAGAGGAUGAAAAUCAAAAGACUCCAAUUGGUACUAGAGGGGAUAAGUUUUUAAGGGAUACGAUUUUGAAUAAUCUAUUGGCUGGUCGAGAUACUACUAGUACUACAUUAUCUUGGUUGUUUUAUCUUCUCUCGAAAAACCCAAAUGUGGUUUCUAAAAUUAGAAAGGAGUUAGAUAGUGUGAUGUUAACUAGGGAAAAUUUUAAAGAGGAGAAUAGUAAGUUGGUCUAUCUUCAUGCUUCGUUGUGUGAAACAUUACGAUUAUACCCUCCGGUUGCGUUUGAGGCUAAGGCCCCAAUUGAACAUGAUGUGCUCCCUAGCGGCCAUCAUGUGAACCCAAAUAUGCAAAUUAUUUUUGAUACGUACGCGAUGGGAAGGAUGAAAUCGAUAUGGGGUGAAGAUUGUUGUGAGUUUAGGCCUGAGAGAUGGAUAUCGGAACAAGGGAAGCUUCAGCAUGAGCCAUCUUAUAAGUUCUUUUCGUUCAAUGCGGGGCCUAGGACUUGUUUAGGGAAAAAUAUGGCUUUUACACAAAUGAAGGUUGUUGCUGCUACUGUCAUAAGAAACUAUGAUAUGCAAGUGGUUGAAGACCAUUUGGUUGUUCCUGAUCUUUCUAUAAUAUUACAUAUGAAGUAUGGGUUUAAAGUUAAGAUGAUGCGAGUUCACUGUGAUUAAUUAAUAUUAAUAUGUCUUUAUUAAAAUUUAUGCUUCGUAAUUAUUAAUAUUAAUUAAUAUUAAUAUGUCUCAAUUAAAAUUUAUUAUAGUAUUUUUGGUUUUCAGCUAUGUAUAAAAUAUGUAGAAAUAUUAUGUAAAUAUUUUUAGUAUCAUUUGCUUAUUUUCAGUAUA